UUGGAUCAAUAUACUCCAUUUGGAUCUGCAAAGUACAGUCAUCGGGUUUGUUUACAUUACGUGAUGGAGUCUUUACAGAUUCUGCUUGGUACUAUGUAGAUACAAUAGCAUUUUACCGGGAUGUUGACGUCAGCCACCACUACCUAAAGUGACAGAAGGCUGGAAGAGAAUCCUGCAUGUAGACGUGUAAUUGGUGGCGUAUCUCAUGACCUAGCCGACUGCUUUUUAGCCACUGAAAAUUUGAUGUACAACAUCUACAAGCUAUUUGCUGUGACGGUGGAAAAGAUAUGGAGAAAGUUUUAUUUCUUAUACUACAUGCAUGCGUUUUAGAACUAGUUGUGGGCCGCUUAUAUUUGACACUAGCCAGCAGCGACUGCGGGAAAAGUUAUAAUAUGGAAGAUAUAGAAGAGGAGGCUUAUGUGACGUAUAAUGGCGGAUGGUUAGGUAAAGAGGAGUGCACAGUAGAGUUCGUUAACUAUCAAGUAUACUCGAAGCAAACCUGUAUUAAACCAGUUAACCUCACGAUUGGCUGUUCUACAAAGGUGGAAUACCACAGAUACUUUCCUUCUCAGUUCGCGGAUCCAGAGAAAGUACUUACCUGCGGAGCUACGUAUUCUGACGAGUGGUGUGGACCAUUGACGACACAGCGGUUUUAUUUAGUGUUCCGGACAUCUUGGAUGGAUUCUGAUGAUUUUGUUAAAAUGCAUCUGUAUCUAAAAUAUUAUCCGAGAGAUGAUGAUGGUGAUGAUGGAGGUGAUGGUGAUGGUGAUGAUGACUAUAAUGAUGAUACGUCGGACCAAAGUUCAAGCAGUACUAUAUUUGGUAUUGUUUUUCCAGUGGUAUGCGCGGUUGUGGUACUGUUAGUGAUAAUUAUCGUUUUCAGUGUAAUAGGAUGUAAAAGGCUUCAGAGACCAAGUAGUUUGAGAACUCCAGAUAUGUAUCGGCCUGCUAGUGGACAAAUGGAUAUGCAUACAGGUACAGGAUAUACCACUCAAGCGCAGCCCAUGGUUGGUUACCAACCUCCGCAGCAGUCUCAGUUCCAGCCAACAAUUCAAGGCAGUUACCAGCUGCAUCCUACGCAAAGUAACCUCCAAGUUCCUCACCAACAAGGAAGUAGUCAGCAGACUGUUGGACGCCAUAGUCCUGCCGAUUUUCAAGGAAGAUUUCCAAGUCCCUCAGUCCAUUUUGUUAGCUUUUUUUUAAGCCGAUGUGGAUGUCAGUCAACACUACCUAAAGAAACAGAAGACUGGAAGAGAGUCAUGCAUACAUAGUUCAAAGCUUGAUGCAAUUCUAAGAAAAUUUAAUGCGAUAGCACAGCACCUGUAAGCUGUUUGCAGUGUGAGUGGAAAGGACAUGAAGAAAGUUGUUUUUCUUAUACUAAUUGGAUGCGUAUUGGAACUAGUUAUGGCCCGUAAGUCAACUUUUUAUUCAGUUUUGUGAACUGUAAUUCAUUCCAGUGAUUCUUCUGUUUAAAUCAGAAAGAAGUUAUUGACUUUUAAAACAAAGCAAGCGAAAAAAACAACAACGCUGCAACCAGUGUAUAACCAUCUAUUGCUAAAGGUCAUUGUUCUUAGAAAAAUGGAAAGAACGCAAGCUAGGGUGUUAAAGUGAACUAAAUUAAACUAAGGUUAUAAACAGCUAGAAAUGCACAUUGUGUCAGUUGUGUGAAGUUCAAGGAUACUGUUCAUAAAACAGGAAAUACUUGUCGGCAAACUAACUGAAGUGACGGUCAACAGAAUUAAUAGAAACAAACUGUUUCAGUCUAAAAUUUAAAGUAAUGAUAGAUUAAAUAAAAUGAACCUAAUGCUGUGGUUGUAUGUAGGCUAGGAUUACAUGUGAUGCCAUCUGCUUUGUAUGAUCAUACAAAUAAAGUAGAUAUAUUUUACUUCUAA